AUCGGUACUCGCGCCAAAAACGAUAUCAAAUAUCUGAUAUUGAUAUGAUAUUUCAGAUAUCAAAUUUUUGAUAUAUCAACACAAAAAUAUCAAAAGUUGAUAUAUCAUAGUUGAUAUUACCUGAUGUACGAAACGUUGACCAUUUAAUGGGUCUUGAAUGGCAACAGUCAGUUUAAACCUUAAAAACAUGUAAUUUUUGUUAUUUUAGCCGGUUAUAGGUGUUUAGCAAUAUAUUACUGCUUUAUAAGUUCAAUUUGGCGCCUUUCGAUUAGGUUUUGUUGACAUUGACAGUUGACAAUCGGCGGGCGCAGGGGAGGGUCUGGCUCUUGCGCAGGUCUAGCGUGGGAGUGUGCUUCUGUUGUUGUUUUCGUUUUGCGUUGCGUAAGAGAAGAAGCAAGUCCAGAAACUGGGAGACUGAAUUGAUAAUAAAAUGCUGAAUUUAAAAAGAAUUCACCAGCUAUCCUCAAGCAAUAUGCAACAGAACGAUGAAAUAGAAGACGAUCCGCCGCCGCCAUCACCACCAAAUUCGGAACCAAUAGAUAUCCACAUAGAGGAUGAGGAGGAAGAGCGGGAAGAAGCAGAAUCGAAUGUGACUGAGGAGGCUGAGGCUGGUGCGCAAAGCCAUGGCUGCAUAGUAAAGAAAUACUUCAGACGUGAUGCAAAUGAUAAAGGGCUAUACUAUUGUCUGAAAUGCCCCGGCGCUAAGAAAGUAAGAGGAAGCAAUACAAGCAAUUUAUGGCACCACCUGGAAAAACACCACUUUCCAAUCUACAUUAAACAUCAUUCAAGACAGAAACUAAAGGAGGGUAAAAAAAAAAACCAGAAAAGAACAAACACUGCAAGCACCAGCAGCAGCACCAGCAGCUAUAAUGAAGUAGAACAUGCAAGCGAAAAUGGGCCUAAGAAAAUGAAACAAGCUACAAUUUUGCAGUCUUUCGCUCUCAGCAAGAAAGCCACUGAAUCUAAACUAUCUGAGUUAGCCAUGGCUGUUCUGGAAAAUUGCGAAUUCGCUAGCGUUCGGCUGUUUGAUAGCCCACAUUUCAAGGCCAUUCUUGAGUGCGCUUGUCCAGCAUUCAGUUCUUUCACCAGCUCGGAGGAUGUAAGCAACAAAUAUUUCUAA